AUGAGUAUGGCAGACAAAGGACCGAAUACUGCAGAGUACGUGGGCGAGAAGACGUUGACCGAGGAUGGCAGGAAGAUCGUGGAAGAGACCGAGGUGGAGGCUGUGAACGCUUCGUUUGCGACCAUUAUGGCGAAUCACAAGCCGAAUCCAUGGGGAAAGGGCCAUUUGCAGUUGUACGCGUUGGCUACUAUUUGCUUUCUGAACUCGACCAUGAGCGGCUUUGAUGGAUCACUCAUGGGCUCGAUAAACGCUCUGCCCAAUUACACCAAGUACUACGACCUCCCAACCACAGGCACAGCUUCCACCGGUAUCAUCUUCGCCAUCUUCCAGGUUGGACAGAUGUGCGCUGCUCUUUUCGUCUGGGUAGCGGACUGGCUCGGUCGUCGCUGGCUAAUCUUUAUUGGAACUGCGGGUGUCAUUGUGGGAACGGUCAUUACCUCGACUGCGAAGACUCUCCCUACUUUCAUCGGUGGUAGGUUCUUGCUAAGCUUCUUCGCACAAUUGGCGUGCUCGGCUAGUCCACUAUACCUGGUAGAGGUGGCGCCGCCACAGUAUCGGGGUACAUUAGCUGGCAUGUACAACACUUUUUACUACAUGGGUUCCAUCCUGGCAACAUCGUCUGUAUACGGGGCACACAAACAUCUCUCCGAUACGAACAUGGACUGGCGCCUCCCACUCUGGCUGCAGAUGGUGUGCCCAGGCCUAGUCUGCUGCGUGAUUCUCUUCUUCCCGGAAAGUCCUCGUUGGUUGGUCGCUAGAGACCGACACGAAGAGGCACGCAAAUUUCUGGUCAAGCACCACGCCAACGGCGACGCCAACCACCCCUUAAUUGCGCUUGAGAUGUAUGAGAUGCAAGAAUCUCUCCGCAAAGAUCCGGUAUCAAACUGGCGCAACUUCUUCGAUCUGCGAGUGCUCUUCAAAACUAGGGCGAGACGAUACAGGACGAUGCUAAACAUGACAUUUGCGUGGUUUGGUCAAUUCUCUGGCAACAAUGUUGUCUCUUAUUAUCUUCCUCAACUUGCAGCCAACGUCGGCAUCAAGUCCACUGACACUAAGCUCCUUCUCAACAUCAUGUACGCUGUCGAAGGGUACAUCUUCGCAACAGCAGGAGCGCGCUUGCAUGAUGUUUUUGGUCGCCGUAAGAUGCUGUUGUGUUCCACAGCAGGCUUGAUUAUCGCGCUUUCCAUCACUGCAGGCACUGCAGCAGGAUACGUCAACACAGGAUCCGAAACCAGCUCCAAGGCCUCGAUCGGCUUCAUCUUUGUCUUUGGCGCCAUCUUCGCAUUCGGGUUCACGGCGAUGCAGCCCAUCUACCCUGCUGAAGUCAUGGCGAACGACAUGCGCGCCAAGGGCAUGGGGACGUACAAGAUUGUCGGUGGAGCAGCAGGCUUCAUCAAUACCUUCGCGGCGCCAAUUGCCCUCUCGAAUAUCGGAUACUGGUUCUACGUGUUCUUCGUAUUCUGGGACAUCUUCGAAUUUGUGUUCAUGUAUUUCUUCUUCGUUGAGACCAAGGGCCUGACCCUGGAAGAAAUGGACGAUAUAUUCGAAGCAAAGAACCCGCGUAAGGCAAGCACAGAGAAGAAGAAGGUCAAGGUGCGGACGGUACUUGGAAACGAUGGAAAGGUCGAGCAGGAGAUCAUUAGUAAGGCAGAUGCGUAG